CCCUAGGCGCGUCUAGAGAGGAGGGGAGGAGGCGUUCGUCGGUUGGUCGGUGGCCGUCCGUCCCGUCCGUGUCUUCUCGUCUUCCGACGCCGGCGGCCGGCCGGGAGAGGAAAUGGCGGCGGGGUUGGCUCCCCUCGGGGCGGUGGCGGUGGCGGCCGUGCUCGUCGUCGGCAUCGUCAUGCCCGCCGCGGUCGCCGCCCAGGCCCCGGCGCCCGCGCCCGCCAGCGACGGCACAUCGGUCGACCAGGGGAUCGCGUACAUCCUGAUGCUGGUGGCUCUUGUGCUCACCUACCUGAUCCAUCCACUGGAUGCAUCUUCUCCCUACAGACUCUUCUAAUCCAUUUGGUCCUUCGUCUGGCUUCGGUUAGGGUAAUUCUACUUAUUAGCUAUGGCGACUCGACGAUUGUUAACAUCUUAGGUGAGAUGUAGGAGGCUUGGAGUGAUUUGUAUGUCAAUGAUGGGGUAUCAAGAUUGUUUGGUGGUGCGGAUUGGCUGUAUUGGAUUCCAUGAUUUGGUGCCAAGCUGUGCAUGCUGGAUUCGUUUCUUUUCAGUGUCUUUUUUUUAGCUGAAUGGUUGGCAUGUGCUCCCUGACGUGCGGUGGUUUUGUUCUGUCCUUGUGACACCUACCAUGUGGUUGUGCCUGCCUGCUUGCCUGUGUGUGCUCGUCAGCACUGACUGGAUGACGGUUUUUCCGUUUCUCUGUGGGCUGGUGGUGCGAUUGAUCAUGCCCUGUUUAUUCCCGCCUUGCAUGUACUACAAACAAGUUUCAAAUUAGAAUUACAAACUCUACUCCAGCUGUUAUUCGCAGAAAUU